AUGACAGUAACGAAACCUACCAUUGCGGGUCUACUGUGGGAAGUGAACAAAGGGAAAAGAAGUAGGGUGGGGAAAAGAUUGGUAUUGGAAAUUAGAGGUGAAACAAAAUCAAAUAUCGCUCAAGGUCUUGAACAACUAAGAUUCCAAGAGAAUCAAGGUUUGAUAAAAGUUCCAACAAUUGAAGACAGAUUUGAAAGCGUUGACGAUUGGAGAUACAUGAUGAAAAGGCAUGAAUGGGAAAAUUAUCAAGGCAAACUCUUGUCAGAUCUCUGA